CUGAGCGCCGGCAGCGCCUGGCACGCUGCUGCUCGGGGGUGAAAUCACUAAACAGCUGAUUUGUCAUGAAGUGCAGCAGCCCCAAGCCACUCCCGGCAUGAGUACAAACACCGCAGGGGAGACCCUUCUCCUCGGCCCCUCAGGAUUAAACCCCAAACCCAGAAAUGAGGAAGGUUUUGUGCGUGGAGCCCGUCAUUUUUAUCUACAUAUUUGCAUCUGCUCUGACAAGACCGCUGGCACAGCAGUUCAUCUACCGGCGGCUGUGGGAGGAAGAGUACAACUCCACUUUCAUAAGCAACAGCAAUGUCACUGACUGUGAGCAGAAUAAAAGUAGCCCGGCUUACAUCAAGCAGAAGGAAGUUCAAGAAAAAGCCUCUGUUUUCACUAUGCAGUUGGACUUGACUGGAGCAGUUCCCAGCCUUAUAGUUGCCUUUGUCAUUGUAGCCAAUGGAGAUCGCCAGGGGCGCAAAAGGUCUCUUGUGUUACCAUCAGUGGGAGCCUUGAUUGCUGAUACUUGCCUCACUGUAAUAUCAUAUUUUUCUUUGCCACUCUCUGUCCUGUUUGCUGUUGCGUUUAUAACUGGACUAUUUGGGAGUAUGGCAACUUUCCUUGGCGGAGGCUUCGCUUUUAUAGCAGAUCUGUGUCACGAUGAGAAGCAGAAAACAACGCGAAUAGCUGUGGUGGAUUUGAUCUUUGGAGUUGUAUCUGGAUUGGCAGGACUGUCAUCUGGCUACUUUCUAAGAGGAAUAGGCUUUACGUGGACAUUUGUCACAUCAUCUCUGCUUCAUGUCAUUAAUAUUGUAUAUAUUGUAUUUUUUCUGGGAGAUACAGUAGGUGCAUCUGAAUUCCAGCACGAGGCACCGGUAUCCUUUCAAGAACUUCUUAGAGAAACAUUUUCUGGAGUGUACCUGCUUUUUAAAACUGCCCCUUAUAAAAAAAGGAUUUUAAUAAUUAUGUUACUUCUUACCUUUAUGAGUUACCUCUUUGCGGUGACUGGUGGGAGUUCACUUUUUACACUGUAUGAACUGGACGAGCCACUCUGCUGGAACGAAGUGUACAUUGGAUAUGGAGCUGCUGCGUCCACUUCCAUUUUCCUGACCAGUUUUAUAGGAGUUUACUUAUUUUCUAAAUGUCUCAAAGACAUUUAUAUCAUCUUUAUUGGGAUAUUUUCUUACAUUGGAGGAAUAGUCAUGGCUGCCUUUGCCAAAACUACUCUGCUCAUGUUUUUAGUAAGAGUGCCAUCUUUGCUCUGCUUUAUGCCUCUUCCGGUUCUCCGAUCCAUGCUGUCAAAAGUGGUUCUCGCUGGUGAGCAGGGUGCUGUGUUUGCUUGCGUUGCCUGUUUAGAAGUUGUGACCGGCACUGUUGCCCUUUCAGUUUUUAACACUAUCUAUGCAGCUACUGUUGCAUGGUUUUCAGGCUUCAGUUUCCUCCUAUCAGCAGGCCUUUGUCUAAUUCCACUGGCUGUCCUGUGCUGGCUUCUGUGCACAAGCUGGCAUGGGGAAGACUUGGCUCUGCUUACACCUGAAGAAGUAUCUAGCAUAGACAGUGUGGAUAGUUGAACAAGGGAUUCACCCACCUGGGUUUUCUAAUCUGACAUGUAGUGGCAGAGCCCAUUACGUCAUACAGAGACCAUAGAGAUAACACAACAGUUGCAGAUGCAAUCUCAAAGCAGCCCUGCAGCAGUAAGCACUAAACUGGUAGCAAGCACUCUCUUCAGUCUUUUUUUAGCACUUGAAUAAAGCUAGCUCUUAACUAUGCAAAUAGGCUGACAGUGGAGAUUUUAAUGCUGCUUUCAGCAUGAAGAAAAAAAAAUGCAUUAGGAUGAUACUCUCUAUUUACCCUUUCUCAAGUUUGAGAUUGUCAGCAGUGGAUUGUGACACAUCUUGUAUCAUUCUAAGUGGGGUGACAGAGAUAAGCUUCUCAACUCAGAGGGUGCUGGCAGUACUGAUGAAGCCAGUGGAGCUCUUGCCAGCUGAGGCUGCAGUCCACUGUGUAGGCCUGUCUUAAUGGUAAAGCCCCUAAAUAUGUCUAAAAUUACCAAACGAAAUCUGUCUAAAAUUACCAAACUAAAGUUGGGGUUUUUUUUCAGAAAGCAACCAAACAGUAGGCAAUGCUUGCACCUGCUGGAAGCAGACUGACUGCUCUGCACUUGGCACAGACUGUGCAAGUUUAAUGUACGAUGUGUGGCCUUGCCUGUGACUGAGUUCUUAAAAUGGAUUUUCACAGGGAGCUGUCAUAUUUAGAAAAUACCCAGCUUGCAGAGUGUGAAGUGAGGCCCAUGCCUACAUUCUGCAGAGGCUACACCUCACAUUUAUUUUUACCAUUUCCCAUAUAUUAGAGAGUGCACACAGGCACCUCUCUGUUUUGCCCUAUAGGUAUCUCUUGUUUUCAGGUUAUGUUGGCUGUAUUUAGCCUGAAUGUUUCUUCCAGUGCAAGGCUGCAAUAGCAUUUCUUUUCAGUGGAUCUUUGAUUAUUUUUUUUAACAACCCUGAAAUGAGGUGACUGAAUCUGAAUAAUGGAUCUAAACAGCUUGCAGUGAAUGCAGCACAAGGUAUGAGCAACUUGAACAGUAUUUCUCAUCUUCAAAGCACUUUAUAAAUGCCAUUAAGAACUUCCUUCUAUAAGGGAUACUACCCUUCCUGUUGCAGAAAGGGAGCCAUUAACAGAGCAGACAAGUGACUUGCCCAGGGCCACAGUGCAAACUGCUGAGACUGCCAAACCUAGGAGGCAGUUUCUGCAUAAACUUUCCACCUUUUUGCUUGAGAUAAUGAAGCAGAAAUGAUUUACAGUACUGUCUUCUGGAAUGCACAGCAGAAGUGUGAAUAUAACAUCAUGUUAAGGACAGCUUCCAUGUGUUUUUUUCAGAGAGUUUGACAGUCUAUAUUGUUCUGAUCCCUGAAAGUACAGGUAGGUGGUAUGUGACUGUCUUCCCCAAAACAGAGAGGUAGAGAAACAAAAACAAUGUGAAGUGGUUCACAUUUACAGAAGGAAAACUGUAGGAAAGCAGAUGUAUGGGAAUUGACUUCACAUGCACAUAGUAUAUGCUGUAUAGUCAAUGCUUUGCUUACAGCCAUCAAUAUCCAUCCUAUGAACAGAGUACUUUUGCACAACUCCUUAGUGGUUCUCUACCAA